AACAAACAGAAGGAAUCUCCACCCCAAGAAGGAACAUCUCCACAGGAAUUAUUCCCUUCUUCUGAAGAACAUAGAGAAAUCUGAAAAAGUAGAACGGUUGGGGAGAUGGCAAGUAUGCCUCAUAAGAAGACUUGGGAUGAAGACGUGGCAGAUUUAUUUCAUGAUUCUGAAUCAGAAAUGACGCCUUUAAAAGAAGAUAAUCCCCGAUUGUAUAAAUUUUGGGAUCUUAAUCAGAAAUACUUAUUUUUGGUGGAGAACACUUUAGUGGCAGAUGUGAAAACUUCUAAUUCACCAGAACAGUUAAUUGCCAUGCUUCCUAAUAAAUCUCUAGAUACAGCACAAAAACCCAUAUUUAUGGGCCCUCAAAAUAAGAAGAGCUGCUUGUCUUGUGUGAAGUCUGGGAAUGGCCAAUAUCAGAUAGAGUUAAAAGAGAAAGAUAUUAUGGAUCUUUACAGAGAUCCAAAAAACGCCAAAGCUUUCACUUUUUAUAGUAAGAGCGCUGGCAACGCUGCUACCUGCUCUUUUGAAUCUGCAGAGUUCCCAGGUUGGUUCCUCAGCACUUCUUCAGAAGCAAAAAAGCCUAUUGGUUUGAGUCAAGAAGGAGGACCUCAGAACAUCCUGUUUUACUUUGAAAGAAAAUUAUGAGUCAGAAACACAGUUCUGCAUCUAUGUUUCUAAUAGACCUUGUGUAUACAAAUUGAAAUGGAGCCAGAAUAUAUGAUUAGGCUGAUGAGUAGACUUAGAUAGUAUCCUUCUUGCAAUCAAAAAAACUUUGGAAGAACUAUGUCAUAUUUGGGGGAAGGUGCAUAGUAUAUAUUGUAUAGUCUUUAUUUCUGUAGAACAAUAUGUUUUCAAACAGUAGGUUUGUUUGCCCAUGUGAAUGAAGCUGGUUGGUUGGCUGAGAGUAAGGAGAGUGAUCUUUGAUAAUGAGAUAGCAAUAGCACUUAGAUUUAUGUACCACUUCAUAGUGCUUUACAGCCCUCUCUAAGCUGUUUACAGAGUCAGCAUAUUGCUCCCAACAAUCUGGUUCCUCAUUUUACUGAUCUCAGAAGGAUAGAAGGCAGAGUCAACCCUGAGCUUGUCAGGAUCGAACUUCUGGCUGUGGACAAAGUUACAGUACUAGUUACAGUAUAGUAACAUGUUAUUCAAGGAGUGUCCAAACUUGGCAACUUUAAGAUUGUGGAUUUCAACUCCCAGAAUUCCUCAGCUAAUCAUCAGACAAGCCUUAAAGUUGCCAAGGUUGGGCACAUCUGUGUUAUUUCAUUCUGUUAUGAGAAUCAGUUUUCUCCACUACCAUCUGGUCAGUGGUGAAAUCUAAAAAUUUUCUCUACCGGUUCUGUGGGCAUGGGUUGGUGGGCGUGGCUUACUGGUCAUGCGACCAGGUGGGCAUGGCCAAAUCGACGUCACUUCUUUGCCCUUAUGACCUACAAAAAGAAGAUAUACCAAUUAUUUUAUGCAUUUAAUACUUAAAAAAAAAGAAGAUAUACCAAUUAUUUCAUGGAUUUAAUACUUAAAUAAGAAUAAACGAAGUACACAAAACAAUAAGAGGUAAACAAAUACUUACAAAAGAGCAAUAGAAGUGCUGUCUUUGACAUCACUUCUUUGCACCAAUGAUAAUAAUGACCUACAAAAAGAAGAUAUACCAUGAUAUACAAAUUUAACCAUUUAAUACUUAAAUAAGAAUAAAAGAAGUACACAAGACAAGAAAAAAGAUACACAAAUACUUACAUAGAAGUGUUACUCUUUUACUUUAAGAUGUUUCCACAUCGUUUUUUCAUUGGCACUCUCCUCACUUCCACUUUUCUUGAUCUUGAUUCUCGGAUCAUCGGCUGAGUGAUGGUGUGCUCUUAACCACUUUUUCACUGCAGGUGAAAAAUUUGAUUUAUAUGCCGCCCUUCUCCGGAGACUCAGGGCGGUUUACAAUGCGUUAAGCAAUAGCCUUCAUACUUUUGUAUAUUUUAUACAAAGUAAGUUUAUUUUGGAAGAGGUAGUCCAGUAACAUUGAUAAUCAUGAGGUUGGUUAAAUUAGAAACGGUUAGGCGACUUCUGCUCUCUGAACAUAUGAUGUUCAUUUUCGAAAAACCCCUUUUCGCUUCUGCAGAACUUACAGCAAUUGUUCUGACAAUAUCUUUAGCUUUUUUAAUACUGUCAGGAAUUGCAUAGAUCUUUGAAUCUUUUAACAUUUCUCCACAAAAUCUCUAUGGUCUUUGAUGUUAAUGUUGUAAUUGAAAAUGUCACCAAAUGUGCACAUUUGUUCUUUAGCUGCUGUCCAUGGAACUACUACUUCUGCAAAAUCCCAGUACUCUGGCACCAAAAAAUGUAGAAAUUGUAAUUUAUUCAUGGUGUCUUGCAAUUGGCUACCUGUUUUUAAAUGUUCACACUCCAUUGGUCUUUUCUGCAAAUUUGUUAUGAUGCUUCCUAAAAGUCUUUCCUGAUGAAGUCCAACAAAUUGAUAUUUUCUACAAAGUUUAUAUUUUUGAAGGUUUCUGAAGUAAUUAGUCCAUCAACUUUUAUUUCGUAUGGACCCUUUCCCUUUAUAAGCUGUUCAAAUGCUUUCAUUGAUCCUCUCACCAGUUUUUCAGCCUUUAUGAUGUCCGUAUUGCUUGCUUGCAGUGCAGUUGAAAGAAGUGAGAUUUCUUCCAGAAUAUAAAUCAUCAAUGCCAAAUCAUUUAGAAAAUAUUUAUUUUUGGACUUCCGGUUUCAUGUUGCAGCAGGAAUAGCCUGGAAAGUAGUGGGCUCUGAUGAGACUCGCAAAAUCCAGCCAGACAAACUGCUGCCAGGAGGUUUUCAGGCCAUAGCUGUCUUGAAGGGAUGGUGAAGAAAGGACAGGCAUUUUGUGGACUGCGGGGAAUUGGCAAUUUCCUUGCUGGAACAGAAACAGCUCUCUGGCAGUGGCGGCCAUCUUCUGGUGGCCACCUUGAAGCUGGGACAACUGGACCCAAGAUUGAGCUGCAGUGGUGUUUGGACGGAGUGCUGGAACUGGGUGAGAUAGUUGCCAAUCUAUAAUUAAAGGAAAACUUGAAAGUGGAGUUUUAAAAGAAAUUUGGAGCUUGGAUUAGUGACUAUCUGGAACGUGGAAAAAAUAAAGCACACACAGAAAAUAAAAGUGGAGAUUGUAAUACAAAAAGCCCAAGAAGAAGUUCUGUACUUGGAAAAUUGGGGAAAGCAAACAUUUUAAAAGUGAUUUUUGGGAGAAAAUAGUAUUUUGUAUGAGUACCUUAAAAUUCCUGGAUAUUUUGACAAUUAGCUGGUUUUAAGAAACUAUUUUGUGUGGAAUGGAAAUGGAGAGUGCCAUCUGCUGGAGGAAAGAAAAAGUACUGUAAUACUUUAGUUAAAUAGACAAAAAAGAAGUAGCAACAGCUGGAAGACCUGACCUUGGCCAUAUAGAAGAAGAUAAUUUGGACACUGUGAGAACUAUUAAGGAGUGAUUGUGUUUUGCAAUUGUUUUUUGUGUUUUCUUCCUUUCAUUUCUCUCUUGGAAGACAGCCUUUUAAUUGGAUUUGAUUAUUUCUGGAGAUGGAUUAUUAACAACUGAGGAGAAUAUUUUCCUUCUGAAGAAAAGAGGAAUAAUAGAAGAAGAAAGGAAGAAAAGAGGAGAAACAAAAAAUUAAAUAGACUCUAAAUUUUGGCUAACUGUGAAGAGAUAUAAAUGGGCAGGUUUUAAUAAUUUUUAAAAUUGUUUUAAAACUGUUAUAAAAUGGAAUUUUAUGAAGAGUUAUUUCUGAUGUUUAAAAAUAUGCAAGAAUCUUUAAUAGGCAAUAAAGAAACAGAAAAUUCAUUGAAAUAUAUAGAAAAAGAAAGUGAAGAGGAUUUGGAAGAGGAAAAUUUAAAGGAGAUACAAGAAGUUAAGAACAUAGAAGAGAAAUAUUAAAAAAUAAGAAUCAGGUAGACAACAUCACAGAAUUUUUUUGUAAUGUAGAAAGAGUAGAGAGGAAAGGAGGAACCCCCCCCCCAAAGAAACAGUUAAAAGGGAAAUACUUGGAAGAGACAAGGGAAAGUUCUGGUGAAGGAUGCUCAAACAGUACAACAAAAAGAGAUAAAAGGAAUUCAGAAGAUAAAAUGUAACACAUAUAAAAAUUAAUAAAAGAGAAUUGAGAAGUUAGAGAGAGUCAAAAGGCUGAGCAAAAAAUCAUUAAGAAAUGGGAUUAAAAAAAGAUUGAGAUUGAUGGAUAAAGGUGAAUAAUGUCAUUAGAAGUGAGAAAUAAUAAUGGGGUAAAUAUUAGUAAAUUUAUAUAACAAGGUAGAUCAGUAAAUGGGAAUGGGAAAAAGAUAAUAUUAAUAAUAUAGGUAAUAUUAGUAAUUUUGAUAGCUUUUUAAAUUAGAAUGGAAUUUAAAAUUUUAUUGUAGUUGUAAGAGAGAAGAAUUAUAGAGCGCACUGUGAUAUUAUUUAUGUGAAAGAAUUGAACAUGAAACGAUAAAGAAGGAUGUAAAGAGAAUAAUAAUAUUGAAAUUGGAAUAACAAAGUUAUGAAAGUGAUUAUUUUGUAAAGAUAAAUGAUUAGAACUUAAUUAAGAUAAAACUCAGUAGAUGGGAAUGUGAAAACAAGUAAUUUAACAAUAUUAUUAAUUUUGAUAACAAUGCAAAUUAGGAAGAAAAUUCAAAAUACUAAUGAUUGGGAAGGAUUGGGAAGAGAGGAGAAAUAUAGGGUGUAAACUGAGGUUAUUUAUGUAUAAAAAUUGAAAAUGAUAAAGAAUUAUGGAAAGAGAAUAAUAUGGCAGAAACUGAAAUGAUGGUGAAAAAUGAGUAAUUUGCAAUAAAGGAUUAUAUAAAAGAGAUAAGUAUUUUAAAAAGUGGGAAGAUUAGAAAUAUAUUAAAAUUAUGAUUAUGUAUAAGAUGUAUAAGAUAUGACCCGGUCAACACUCUGUUCAUAAAAUAUGUAUGAUGAAAGAAAAAUUGUAAUAAAACUUGCUUUUAAAAAAAGAAAUGAAAUUAUUUAUUUUCCAGAUGGGCAGCCAUACCUGAGUAUUUUGCAUUCGCAUGAAAAUGCUGAUGUAGCACUAAAUAGGCAUGCCAGACAGCUAUGGUUGCCCUUAAACUACAGGCAGCCCAUCUUGGCCCAAAAACUCUACCAAACUUUACGAUGUUAAUGUCAAGUUCUUUGGAUAUUUCAUCAAAUUCAAUUUGGUUCUUAUUGGAUUGCUGAAAAAUAAAGCAUAUCUUAUCAAUAAAUAUUUUUAAAUGA